UAGGAGGGUGACUUUUGAAGUUAUAAGUUUCGUUAUACGUAAUAGUUAUCUUGAUAAAUUAACACUUUACCACUGCUUUAGAGAUGAUAUGAAACUAAUUUUUAUUAUUUAAGAUGUGUACCAUAAAAAAUGUUUUAGUACGACAUAAAUUUAAAUCGGUACUACUAAUAUUACUUUGGAUAACAGGCAUAAUUUAUUCAGUGCGAUUCAUAACCAAAGGAAGUGAUAAGAAAGAAAAAGGUGUUAAGUUACUACAGUCGAGGUACAGUCCUACCGUGUUUAAAGAUUUGUUUAGAAUUGCUGAAAUAAAGGAAUACUGUAAUCCUCCAGACCAGAUAUCAUUAGGAAGUGAAGGUCAAGUAAGAGAUGGUUACUCUUUAGAGUUAGUUGCUGUGCUGGUCAGACAUGGAGACAGGGGACCACUUUUGAAGAUUAAAAAUCAGUCAUUAAUCAACUGUGGUGUGAAAGAGCCAUUGAAAUACCCUCUGUUUGGCCAGUUUACCGAUGUAAUGAACUCGAAGCUAAAGUGGUAUCGAGCUUCUGCUGAGUUCCACUCUUUUCCUCCAUAUCCAUAUAGUAAACAAUGCUGGUCGGGUCACCUAACCCAGCUAGGAGCCUUGCAAGAGUUAAGGUUGGGUAGACUUCUUGGAAACUUAUACAAUAAGCAUUGGAAUCUUCUGUCACAAACUUGGAAUGUUCAGAAUGUGUUGGUUUUCAGUACUAUGUAUGCUAGAACUUUUCAAAGUGCACUGGCUUUUAUGUUUGGUUUUCUGCCAUCUCUCAGUCCAGAUAAAAAACUCACCAUCCAUGCUGUAGAGGACACUUCAUUCUGUGGAAAACAUAACCUAUGCAGGUGCCCUGGUUUGAAAUACAUGCAGGGACAGCUCAACAAAAAGAUGAGAAACUUGCUAAUCUCUCAUCAGGCUGUUGUAGAACUAAUUCACAAGAUCAGUUCAUUUGUUAAACCUAGUCAAAAAACUCCCAACAUUACUCAGGGAGGGACAUUGUUUGACAGUUUAAUGGGUUAUCUUUGUCAUGGUGCCAAAUUACCUUGUGAAACAAAUGACAAUUUUCCAUGUAUUACUAGAAACAAGCUGAAGAAACUGGUUAGUUACUUAGAUUGGGAAGGAAAACAGCUUGCCACUUACCCUAUUUAUCAAAAGAAAUCUCGCCUCAGGAUGUAUGGUUUCAUGGUCAUGCUCCAACGAUUGUUUCACGAUAAAAUCAACAAGAAGUUGCCUGAACGGUUUAUCCUGUUUUCAGGCCAUGAUAUUACAUUGGCAGCACUCAGUACUACCCUUGGUUAUGCGAAUGGAAUCUUUCCCCCAUAUGUAUCCAGAAUUAUUUUUGAACUCUACAAAUCCAACAACACUUCUCUGACUUCUGUCUCCAAUUAUUUUAUACGCAUUUUAUUCAAUGGAAAAGAUAUUACAAAAUAUGCUCCUUUCUGUAAAAAUGUGACAAAAAUAACUAAAGGCCAACUGAAUGGAAAUUUGUUUUCUUUACUCUGCCCUGUUGAAAACUUCUUUGAUUUUGUUAGCAACAGUUAUUUCCACAAUUUUGGUGUAUCUUCAUUUUCAGAAGCAUGUAGGCCUAGUCCUCCUUGAGUAGGAGGCUAAGUUGCUGAGCUUUAUUUACUCACAACAUUUCAGUACAAUAAACUGUUUAAGAGUGUUUUUCAUAAAUGCAUGAAAGACUUUCAGAAAAUUAUCUUUAACGUUUCAGUCAGUGUGGAAAUUUGCAAGAAUUUUAGUUGCUGUUCAAUAAAAUUAGGGUUUACCUGAUCAGUAAAGGUUUACUUAUCCCAAUUGGACAGUUGAGUUUACCAAACCUAAUUUCAAAUUUUUGGUUUAAUGUAACAGGUUUUAGGACUUUUCUAGCUAAAUCCGGUCUAAAGAUUAUGAAAAUGUUAGAGAGAGAGAUUUUUAACUGAAUCUUAUUAGUUGCUUGAGAAACCAAACUAUAAAUGUGUAGAAAUAAUCAAUUUAUAAAAGUUUGUCAUGCCUUUCAAGAAAAGAAUUUAAUCUAUAUUUCUGUACAGAUCUUUUUUUUUAACAUAUUUUAAUCCCUUAUAGAUAUAGUUUUUUUUUUAACCCUAGAUAAGGUUUAAUUUUGAGCUCUUCUCCAGUAUUGAAAUGCUAAAAAAAUAUCUCCACAGAGUUUUAUUAUAUUAUAGUAAAUAUUAGGGACAUCAUGAUUACUCGGAUAACUGGUUCAAAAUUUCCUAACUGCUACUUGAAGCUGUUGUUUCCCGUUUUACUUAUGCUGCCACCUGUGUAAUGCUUUGAUUGUGGUUGAAGUUCUGGUCAUACUAUGUGUAUCAAACAGUGAAUAGAAAAGUGUAGAUGCUUUCCUGACACAAGGGAAUACAUAUGAGGAUUUACUUCUCGUUUUAUUGUAAAGACUGUAAUCUUAAUGUUGGCUCGUCUGAAUUAUGUCUUUUAAUGUACGAGUGAAUAAU